AUGAACACUCAGACGAGAUGGCCCAAGUGGUUAGAGUGUGAAUUUACUGACCGGAAGGUCCGUGAUUCGAACCCGACCUCUGCCUCUCGACUUCCCCUGUCUAGGCUUGGGCAACCUGGGCCACCCUUACCUCCUUCACACCCCCGUAUUUGGGCCAACUUCAUGGGUGACUUGGCUGACAAAUACACGGAACAGCUGAAUGAACUAACCAAAGCUCCUGGACGUGUUGAGCAGAAACUUACUAAGGCUUUAACACAGUACGGUAAAAAGAUACAGGAAUUGAGAUCCAUUGCUUUGCUUUCCGACGGUUCUGAUUUAUCACGACUCUAUCGAUCGACAGUAUCGCUAAUUGACCGGAUCACUGAAUUCUUAAAGGCAACAGAAGCUGUGGAACAAAAAUACCUUGAGCUGGUACCUACUGCUCAAGAUUUGUAUCAGUGUGCCAAGCCCGCUAUAAUAGAAUAUGAAGAAACCGCACGACUGGCACGUUUUAGCGAACUUCAAAAAUACGUUGCAUACUAUGAUCUAAGACGCAAUGCAUCAGUGCUUUUAAGUUCGGUAAUAGAUGCUGCUCGAUUGUUGAACGACAACGAGUUACUAACAGACGGAUUAAAGCAGUACUUGGCUUUUAUUCACAACGAAGCCACUCAAGAUUCCCGUUGCAUAUCUACGCUUAUGAAUGAAACUGCGUCCCACCAGAAUUGUCUUAACAACUUGAAGUUUUUGGUGAGGUCUUUCGAACAGCUUCUCGAAGAUAUGGGUUUCCCUGUAAAUCCUGCCCCUGUGUUUGAGAAAGAAAAUGCCGAAAAAUGGACAGACGAACAGUUGAAAAGCUUUGCGGAAUUCUUUCAACAACUUGCUUCCGUGGAGCCUACCCACUUGAAUAUUUUAUUGAAUAAACCCCUGGCUGACAUAGUUUCGCUUCCAAUGCACAUAAUUUUACACUCCUUGGAGAAGCGAUUUCGCUACCACUUUACUGGAUCUCGAAAGACCAAUCGUCUAGAUAAGCCAGAAUGGUACAUGACCCAGAUUCUUCAGUGGAUCCGUCACAAUGACUAUGUAUUGACAAUUGUGGAUCGUGACUUUUUGACGUUGUUAGAACAAAAUAGCGGCGAAAGGAUCCGGACUCAAUUUAUUCGUGGGUUGGUUGUACUACUACUGGACAAGCUCCAGUACGAUUUGGGCAUAACAGACAAAUUAGAAGCUCGCUACACAACUGAAUUCGAGUUAACUGACAAUUGGACCAAGGCUAUACAGGUAUCUUCCGCACAAUCUACUCAAAGCACCAAGACUCCCUCGGGGCCCCUAGUUGACAACUUGGAAUGGUUCGGUCACCUGGUCGAUAUCAUCCUCCAGACAGACGCCCGUUUAACUCAGUUGGCAUAUCCGUCUGGUCAGCCGCGCCCCACAGAUAUUCUCUGCUUGCCGGUUGUGUUUGCUCUCUGGCUUUCAGUAGAACGGCGACUCGCACUUGUUCGCCUAGACUCUUUGCUGAAUUCCUCAACAGCCUGGAGCGUAGUUGGUGAUGGUGAUGUGCGGCCGCAGUGUGCCGAAGAUUUCAUCGCCCUGCUUCAUGCUGUUGGUUUACGAGGUCGUCAACUACACGAUAAGUUGGCUCGUUCUCGCUUCCUCAGAGUUCAAAUGAACUUGAUCUAUAUGUUUCAUAACAAACUCGAAGAAUUUGCACACUCAACUGGAACAUCAGGAACCGGUACGGACAAUCCUCACCGUGUUUCAGGCAUCAAGGGUGACGUACCAUCCGACACAAACGCCGGAAUGAGCACUCAUAGACGACUGUUUGGCUUCCUAGGACCACAGACAGCGUCCACUGGUUCACCAGCGCGUACGUCGCACAUGUUUUCCUGGUUCGGUGAUACGAAACAGCGGGGCCAGACGACACGGUGGAUCGCUGUUUUGAAUGCUCUUACUUACACUCGAGACGCACUGUUGGAAUCAGCCAACGAUCCGUACUAUGUCACCUUCUGGGAGGACAGUUCCCUUCGUGCAUUUUUACGGCAACCAGAUCCUUGGAUGACUGAUCUUGGCUUGGAUGGCGCGCGACCCGUGAUUCCAGAAUCCAAGUCACUGGAUGACAAUCCAGCCUUGGAACACGAAUCCUCGACAGGUUGUCCUAAGGCCCCUCUUGGCGUUCUUCAUGGUGGCGUUUUUCAUCAGGCUCUGAACUUUUAUCAGUCCACCAUAGACGAGAUGCUUGAAGAAACUGUGCAAUCAGUGAUGCGCGAGAUUUGCCACAAAGCCCAAGGUUACACAAGCGCGAAUGAUUAUUGGCUCCGGCCUGGUAGUGCGUCGGCCGUAACCGGUGGUAUUCACGUGGAUACGAUCUCACUUGAGUUGUCCGGAACAGCUUCGGUGCUGCUAAUCUGUUUGCGUGACCAAUUAUUUUUUCUGUGCAAGUCGUUGCAUCCCAGACUGUUUGCUCGUGCUUGGCGACGAAUCGCUGGUGAGAUGGAUAAUCUGCUUUAUCACAAACUGAUCCUUGUCAACCGAUUCAGUCCUGCUGGGGCGGCGCAGCUGCGAUUCGACUUGACACACUGCCUAUUUCCCCUGUUCGCCUUGUACACGGAUCGCCCGGAAUCCUGCUUCCCACAGUCACGUGACGCUAUUAUCUUGUUGAACUUGUUACGUGGAUCUGCGGAGUUGUUACGUAAUAAUCUGCGAGAGCGUAUGUCAGGUACACAGGCAGAUAACAACCCUCUUGGUCCCCUGAUCGAACUCGGGGUAUUUUCAAUGACACCAGAGGAGGCUGAACUGGUACUGUCUCUACGUGAAAUUCCUGACUAGCUCAAGUGGGAGCUAGUAUCCUAGUCUUCAAAGUGCUUGCUUUGAAUGAACAAUUUCCGUCCAAUUUCAGACCCGGCUUAACAUUCAGAGCGGGUCACAGCAAAACCAGAAUUUCUUCGUCAUUCGCUGGAUUAAUUACUUUACUCUGAUUGACUCUGUCCAUUGUUUUCUUCCUUGAUGUUACCUUUGUUACUUGGGUCUUUCCAUUCGAUCAGUAAAUGCGUUUUGAUCUGCCG